UGCCACCAUGCUUAGGGAAUGUCACUAGUUUGAGGAAACUUUAGCUAGCUUACAACAGGCUGAAUUCAAGAUUACCUGCAAGCAUGGUGAGCCUUCAAGAUCUCAUAGAAUUUGAUGUUUCAUCCAAUUUAUUGAGUGGGCAAAUUCCACAGGAGAGCGGAAACUUAAAGGCUGCAGUACUCAUUGAUUUGUCGCGGAAUUAUUUUUCUGCAAAGGUAUUCAAUGUGCAAUUGGAGGGUGCAUUCAAAAGUUUUGACAAGGAAUGUGAGAUACUCCGGAACCUUCGCCAUAGAAAUCUGACCAAAGUCAUCACCAGCUGCUCCAAUCUUGAUUUCAAGGCCCUAGUGUUGGAAUACAUGCCCAACGGGACACUUGAUAAAUGGUUAUACUCUCACAACUUGUUCUUGAACUUAUUGCAGAGACUGGAUAUAAUGAUAGAUGUUGCAUUUGCAGUGGACUAUCUCCACAAUGGCUAUUCAACGCCUGUGGUACAUUGUGACUUGAAACCAAGCAAUGUCUUGCUAGAUCAAGAAAUGGUUGCUCAUGUAAGUGAUUUUGGCAUUGCAAAAAUGUUAGGUGCAGGGGAGGCUUUUGUUCAAACAAGGACAAUUGCAAGCAUUGGAUAUAUUGCUCCAGAGUAUGGACAAGAUGGCAUAGUAUCCACGAGUUGUGAUGUUUAUAGUUUUGGCAUCCUCAUGAUGGAGACGUUCACACGAACAAGACCAAGUGAUGAAAUAUUUACUGGAGACUUGAGCAUACAACGUUGGGUUAGCGAUUCUUUUCCUGGUGAAAUUCACAAGGUGGUGGAUUCUAAUUUGGUACAGCCAGGAGACGAACAAAUCGACGCAAAGAUGCAAUGUUUGUUAUCUAUCAUGGAAUUAGCUUUGAACUGCACUUUAGUGAGACCUGAUGCAAGAAUUAACAUGAAAGAUGCUCUUUCAACACUCAAAAAGAUCAGGCUCCAGCUUGUUAGUAGUCUGCACUAGGUGGAAUCGGACCAGCCUCCUCUUGUAUGUUAUUUAGUUACCUGUCUGCUCUUGUACUUAUGUGUGUUUUAUCGUGGUUUUGUGAAGCAACCCGUUUCUUGAUAUAUGGAAGUUGAAAAUGAGAUUUAAAA